AUGGGUUUCCGCUUGGCAAGAAUGGUAAAUGCUGUGCAAAAUAUUAGACUCUCUUCUCUAACAACUCACCAUGGUUCGUCGGCAAUCCGCAAAGGUUAUUGUGCAGUUUAUGUUGGGGAAAGUCAGAAGAAGCGGUUUGUGAUUCCAGUCGCUUACUUGAAUGAACCAUUUUUCAAGGACCUGCUUAGUCAAGUUGAAGAAGAAUUUGGUUACAAUCAUCCUAUGGGAGGCCUCACUAUUCCUUGCAGCGAUGAUACAUUCAUGGAUCUCAUCUCUCGUCUGAAUGAGUCAUAA